GUACUUUUUCUGUGUCAGUGUUCUCUCGAUACUGUCCGUGUAUGCUCGUAAAGUUCACGGUUAAACGUUGUAAUUUUUUAUUUAUUUAAUGUAACCAAAGGGUUGUCGUUAUUGCCGCGCGACCCUUGGGAUUAUUAUAUUUUUGUUUUUCAGAACUACAUUCGAGUGUGAUAUAAAGGUUUCGUUGAUUCGAAAAUAAAGUGAUUUCGUAAAGAUACCUCGCGUUUAACAAUGAGUUGCAGGGGUGCGUUGGCUGCUGUUGUCGGUUUGGUGUUACUCUUGCCCAUCUUCCCACUGAUUUCGUGUUACAAUCCAGUCGACACCGAUGAAAUUUAUCCAAAAUUAAUAAUUGAAGAUAAAGAUAGUGGAUAUCAUGGUUUAGUUAAAGAAAAUGAAACUCUUGUUGAAGUUGUACCAGAGAUAUAUGCUAUUGGUGAUGUUUGUAAUUUCAAUAUUGUAAAUAAACAUCAUGGUGAAGCCCCUUUCGAAAUCAUUCUACGAUCUAAUGGAUAUGCUGAGCUUCGUGCACGUAAAACUUUGAAUUGUGAAAAACGUAAAUCGUAUAAAUUUGAUAUAGCAGCAGUUUCUUGUUCAGGAUUGAUAUCUGAAAAUGUUACUGUACACAUUACUGUUGUUGAUAUCAAUGAAUAUGCACCAUCAUUCUUAGAGGCAUCCUAUGUUAAAGAAGUUGAUGAAGGUCGCUUGUAUGAAGAAAUUGUUCGUGUGGAAGCAACUGAUCGGGAUUGUACUCCUCGUUUUGGCGAUAUUUGCAAAUAUAAUAUUCUUAAUGAUGAUCAACCAUUUACUAUCAAUAAUGAAGGAAGUAUAAGAAACACUGAUCCUUUGGAUUAUGAUCACAGUCACAAUUAUAUAUUAUCAGUAGUUGCAUAUGAUUGUGGUAUGAAACAGUCAUUGCCUGUUAUGGUUACAAUUAAAGUGAACCGUAUUUGUAAACUUGGUUGGAAAGGGGUGCCAAAUGAAAUUGAAUACUCGCCAAGCUCUGGAAGAAAGGAAUUAUUUCCUAAUGCUCAGUUGAGACUUUGUGAUGAUCCUUGUCAUGUAAAAAGUGUGAAUGCUAAACUUACAUUAGCUACAUCACAUAUUGGAAAAGGUUGUGAUCGUGACACAUAUUCAGUUCAAAGCCAAAGAAAAAUUUGUGGAGCCAGCGAAGAGAGUGUAGAAUUAUUGCCAGCAAAUAGAGUACCAUUAUCAGCUGAAAAUGCAAUUAAACAUGAUGAAGGUCAUGAAUCUGACCAAAUGUAUGAGUUUGAUGGAAGUAGUACUGCUGUUGCCAUUCCUAAUGAUGUGCUUGAUCAUGGAUUAUCAUCAGCUUUUACCAUAUCAACCUGGAUGAAACAUAAACCAAUGUCACAUCAAGAUAAACAUGUUAAAGAACAUAUUCUUUGCUCUGCUGAUGAUCAUAAAAUGAACCGUCAUCAUUAUGCUUGGUUUGUACGAAAUUGUCGUUUAAUAUUGCUAUUAAGACGAGACUUUUCUCAAGGAGACUUAAAUAUAUUUAGACCAGCUGAAUGGAGAUGGAAGAUUCCUCAAGUUUGUGACAAUGAAUGGCAUCAUUAUGCAGUCUCAGUUCAAUUCCCUACUGUACAGCUUUACAUUGAUGGUGUAUUAUUUAAAUCUGAACCUAAAAAUCCAGAAGUCAUUGAUGACUGGCCUUUACAUCCAACUAGAGGAAUUAACACAACUUUAACUGUUGGAGCUUGUUGGCAAGGUUCUGAGAAUAAAAUGAAACAUCAUCUGCGUGGAUAUUUGGCAGGUUUAUCAGUACUUUUGCAUAAAUUAGAAAAACCUGAAGUACUAGCUUGUUUGCAUAAAUGUAAAGAAAGUUUAGAAGUUCCAGCUAUGGAAUUAUUAGAACCUGGAAUGGAAUUAUUAACUAAUAGCGAGUUAACUGAGUUAUCUAUUGAAGGAGAUAAUAAAACAAAUUUGGAAGUUUUGGUAAGAAAAAUAGGUUAUUCAAACAGUCGUGACUAUCCAACUCCUGGAAGACGCAAUUUACACUUAAGUACUUCAUUGAUUUGUGAUGGUGGACGUGAAAUUAAAAUGCCUUCAGCUGAAAGUUAUGUAAUGGUUCAUCGUCCACAACAACCAAACAUUAUAAUAAAUGGAACUAAUACCAUACCUAGAGAGUAUCAUGAAUUUAGACAAGGUGUACAAGUUUUCCCUGAUAUACUCAUAAGUGUUGAACCUGAAAGCUAUGAUUAUGAAGUAAAAUAUCCUGAAUUAACUAAUGUUCUGGAACGUCGUAUUGAUUCUUGUGUUAUUUCUGUGUAUCCUUCAUUGAACCCUGAUCAUGAAAGCCUAACCAUUCCGGCUGAUAUGUUGGCUAAAUUUGGAAUAUCUGCUAAAGUUACUAAAGAUGGUGUAACCUUUAAUAAUGCUGAUAUUAUGUUCCAUUAUCAAGAAGCCUUACAUGAUAUACGUUACACUAAUUAUAAACCUGCAUAUUACUUAAAUCGUCAAUUUAAAAUUGUUUGUUCAGAAAUGAAUGGCCGAUUUUUAAGUAAUGAAUAUGUACAAACUCUUACUGUAAUUCAUCCAAGAUCACCGUCAACAGCCUUUACUACUUCAAUAGCACAGCCAACUACUGCUCCACCAGCUGCAUCUUUAGUAAAUGAAGAUAAUGCAGAACCUUUACCCGCCCAUGCACAAAUAAUUCAGCAUUCAGUAGAAACUAAACAAGCACAAACUAUUAUUGGAAAUUACUUUGAAGGUUCCAUUGAUGACCAUGCACAAGCAAUAGUUGCUAAUGGAGGUCAUGCAGUUACAAUAAUUAUUGUAGUUUGUGUUGGAUUCUUAGUUUUAAUGAUUACACUCGGAAUAGUUCGUAUUAAAGCCGCCCAUCAUAAAGCAGCACAGGAAGAGGCUCAAGAUACUGAAAUGGCAUGGGAUGAUUCAGCUCUUAAUAUUACAAUCAAUCCAAUGGAACAAUUAGAAAAUGAAGAAGGUGCAUCUAAUGGUGGUGCUUUGUCAGUUAGUAAACAAAGUCAACAAGAUAAUGAUGAUGAUUCUUCUGAUGAUAAUAUGAGUUAUGACUAUGAUGAUAGCUCAGAUGAUUGCGGCAAUGAAGAAGAUGAUGGUUUACAUAGAGGCUGUCAACCUCGUUUAGAAUGGGAUCAUUCUACUAUGUCCAUCUAAACUUGAUCAACUAUUAUCACAAUGUCAUAUACACUAAAUAACGAUUUGCAGCACCUGACCUUUGAGGUUUCAUGGUGAUUCUAUUUUUAAUACUAUAUAUAAAAUCACUCUUUUUUGCAUAUCUUUUGAAAAUGCUUGACUAACGCGCUUUAGAAUAUUCAGUAUAUGUUUUAGGAAUUGUUACAAAUUAUUAAAUUAAAGGGUGGGGAUUUUUUUUUUUAUUAUGGUUGACAGAUUUUUACUUAUUAUUUCUAUCUUAAUUUUAAAAGUUAAUCCAAACAUAUUUCUUCAUGAUAAAAAAAUUUUGUUUGCAAUUAUGCUUUAAUAAUUUUAUAUUAAGUUUAACAUUUUUAUCAACUGUGUGAACAAUUAUUAUUACUACCAUUUUAUUAAAUUUAUUUUUUAAUUUAAUUAGAAUUUAUUCUAAGAACAAUUUUAUAUUAAUUCAAUGAUCAAUAUUAUUAUAUUAUUAACCCCACUCUUUCUUAUAAUUUAAAAUUUAUAAAUAAAAUUGGAGAAGACUGUAAAUAAUGUAAACUUAAAAAAGCUUAAUUUGCAUUUAUAUGUGCCAUUUAUUUUAACUUAUGUAUAGGUUUUGAAAUGUUUAUCAAUUUCUAUCAUUUUUAACAAAAUUGACCUUUUUUACUUAACCAAUCACACCUAUCAAAUUGCACUGCUUUUCAUUAAAAUCUAAAUUUUGUUUUUGAUUUUUUGUUUUUGUGAAUAGCCAAUUUCUUGCCUGGAUAAUAUUAACUCUAUUUCCAUUUAUAUAUUUGAUACCGUCCAAUUAGAUUUCCACAUAAAUUUUUAUUUUUAUUGAAAUGACUGUAUAUUACACAGUUUAGUAUUAUUGGUUGUGCAAUAAAGUACUUAAAUUAUUAAGGAUUAAAAAAAAAUUGAAAAUAAUUGUGCACUUUAUUAAAUUAAAAGUUAAAUGAUUUAUUUAUCAUAUAUAAUUAUGUAUUAUGUGUCACUUAAGUAUAAUUUUGGCAAACUAAUAAAUUAUUUGUGAACACUGUUCUAUGAAUAUGUAGAAUAAUCACAAUAUUGAAAGUAAUCAAAAACUGUUAAUGAUAUGUAUGUUGAAAUUUAUAUUUGUCUUCUAAUUUUUACUUAAAUAUUGUUUAAGGCAACUAUGAUAAAGAAGAACAAAUUUAUCAUUACAUUAAAUUACAUAUAAAAAAUGAAUAUAUUAUAUAAUAAAUGAAUUAAAAAAUAUAAGAUUAUUUUUAUGUAAAUUUUGAAUAAUGUAAGAAUAUACACAUACAUUUCAAAAUUAUAAAUUGAACAUCUUGCUUUGGUAUGUCAUAAGUAUUUAAUAAUUUACAAAGGUGUAGGUAACCCAAUUUAACAACAGUAUUAUUAUGUUUUGAAUAUUUGUGGAUUUUUUUCAGUCUAAUUUGUAUAGCAUUGUCUUUUAGAAACGAAAACAUGCAUUUAAUUACAUCUUAAUUACAAAAAAAGUGCAAUAUUUUUGUGUAAUAUAUGUUAAUUUAGUUUCAGUGAUAUGAAAAAAUAAUUUGUAUUAUUAUUUGUACGAAUAAAAAGCCACCUACACCUAUUAAUUUUGUAUUAUACUUUUUUUUUUUUUAACAAAUUUUACUUAAUAUUUUAUUUAAUGCAUGAAGAAGUUGGUAUAAAAUAAUGAUUUGGUAUUAAGGUAAGACUUUAGUUAUGUUUUACCAUAAAUUUAUUGAUUUACAGUUACACAGUGGUAAUUAGUGCUUUUGGAACAAAUACUCUUGGAAUGUUUUAAUAAAUGCAUUAUAGAGUAUAAACUCUCAAAUAUAUUAAUUGGCCUUAAAAAAAAAUAGAAAAUUAUAUGUACUAUAAUAUAAACAUAUAUUUUACCUUUUCAAUUUUUUUUUAAAUUUCAACGAAAUGUGGCAUUCCGUCAAUUAUUAAUACUAAGUAAUAUAAUUAAUAAGACAUAACAAAAUUAUAUGUAACUUUAAAUUUAUAGAAUUUUACUAAUACUCUAGUUCUAACAAAUUUUAUUCAAAUUACAAAAUUACAUAAAUUGUAUUGAAGAACAAGAAGCGUAGCUUACUUUUUACCUCAGUCAACUAAGAAGAUAUAUUUUAUAAUAUUACAGUUGGCCAAAUAUACUUGGUUGUCUCCAAAAAAGAAAUGAUUUCGCUACUCUCCUAUAUAAAAUGUCAUAUUUUAAGUGAAAAACUUUUAUUUUGCACCAAUGUUUCAAUUAAUUCGGUAAAAAAAUGUUUAUUUUAAAUUAAACUAAAUGGUAAAUUUAAAUUUAAAAAAUAUAUUCUUCAAUUUAUAAUAAAUAAAAAAAAGUUAUUCUAAAACCAUUUGAGUUUAAAAACUAUCUGUUCCUUAGUAUUUGGCCUCAGGUGAAGCAGCUGAGCGAUGGGUCCUUAGACUUGUCCUUGGCGCUAACCGACCUUUACCAGUGAGGAGAUGCACUGGAGGUUGCGUAUACCAUAAAACGUAGUAGCUUGGAUAGUGGGCACGGCCUGACCAGGGUGUCUGAGGUUGGUGCAAACCAAAGGCGAACGAUACGGAUGACCUAGUUGUCUGGCGCUGGUGUUCUGUUUGAAGACACUUUGACCGAUGACCUACCUUGGUCGCUCAUCGCUCACUGAUCCUCUGUGCCUGGCAAAUAGCACAUAGUGCUAACUUUGAUCACGGUUGUAGGUGAAUCUCUUCGAAGUGAAGUCCACACAUAGACAGUAAAGACUGUUCCUUAGUAUUACAGUAUUAAUUUUUAAGUUUUUUAAAUUUCAUAACUUACCAUAUAAAGAUAAAAAAAAUACAAUUGAAAAAACCUAAAUAAUGAGUUAUUAUUAAUAGCAGUUGUAUUAUGGUUAUUAUUAAUUAUUAGAAACUCACUCACUCACAAAUACAUACUGGACAAGACUGAGACACUCAUCUGCGAAAUGUGCAACACCGCACAUUUUUUAGUUUUUUAAAUUAAUAAUAUUUUUAAUAUAGUUUUAAUUUUACUUAAUUAAUCGCCAUUACUGUCAAACAUUUAUUAACAGAAUGUCAAAAAUUUAAUGACACAUGAGCAAACAACAUGGGCCACUUAUUGGCUGAAAGCUUGGAACCGGACGAAAAUUAACAAAAAAAAAAAAAACAA